AUAGCCUACCCGACCCCGUACAUUGGCACUUUGGACAGGGCUGACCGAUGCAAACAGUUAUUCCCUAAGUUCAACAACACAGGCACCGCCAAACUGAGCUUUGUCGGCCAAAACACGUAUAACAAUCCUUGUAAAAUUGAGUGCGCCCUAUGCGAUAAUGAGAUGCCCGGCACCAAGGACAAAACUGUCCGAUCGUACCCAGCUCAUAUAACAAUUAAGGACGAUAUUAUUAAAUGCCAGAACUCGGUAGAGAUUUUUGAACAGUAUAUGGAGGAUGGUGUUAAAUGCGGUCCAUUACAUGUAUGCGAAGAUCGAUGCUGUGUCGCCCACCCGGAGCUGUUCCCGAAAGCGGCCAAAAAGCGCACCACAACUACACCUCCCCCUCAGGACAUACCGGUUGAGUGGACUGAAGCGCUGCCCUGCGAAGAGGACGGCUUUUUUCGCAACCCUAAUGAUUGUCACAAAUUUUACCGAUGUCACUCCAACGGUGGCAAGGGCGCUUACGGCAAGACCCUGUUCAAUUGCAAUCCGGCCACCGCUGUGUUUGAUGAGUCAUUCGGUGUGUGUGUCGCCCCCGAAGAUACCGAGGCUUUUUGCGAUGACUCAGCCUAUGGUCGCCCUGAUUCAGCCUAGGAUGUUAUGAGUUAAUGUUUAUUAUAACAUGUUACUUUAUGGCAUUUGACAUUUAUGUGUAUGGCAU